AUGUGGGCCCCGAUUACUGCCACCUUCCUCAUCUAUUGGCUCAUCUACCGCCCGGAUCGCUUCCACCCACGCACGGACUCCGCCGUCCUCGCCACCUUCCACAUCACCAACGACAGUCUCCGGUAUGACCUCGCCGUCGACCUCAGCUUCCGGAACACGCAGCGCGUCUCAAUCCUCUACCUGGACGUCGCGGCAUCCAUGUACUACAACGGUACCAGGCUUGGCCCCACCGACGACGCGCUCCCGAGCUUCCGCCAGGGACCCAAGAACACAAUUGUGUUACAUCCAGCGUUCAAUGGCGUGGUGACCGUGGACUCCGGCGUGGUGGCAGAGCUGGAGAGGGAGCGCGCGGCGGGGACGGUGCACCUGAGGGUCACCGUGUCGCUCACGCUCAUGUACAAGGUGUUGUUCAUCAAGGACAUCUUCUUCUACAAGUACGACUGCUGGCUCUGGUUCCCGCCGCCGAGCAACAGCACGCCGGUGCUCUUUUACGGCGACGGCACCAAGUGCUGGCGCAUUUGA